GAAAAUCCAGACGGCGACGAGAAGAGGAUGUACAGAGGCAGAAUGCACUUGCGCCUUUGCUUUGACGGCGGAUAUCACGUGAUGGACGAGGCGGCGCACGUGUGCAGCGACUACCGCCCAACUGCGAGGCAGCUCUGGAAGCCACCGCUAGGCACGGUGGAGCUCGGAGUCAUCGGAUGCAAGAACUUGAUACCGGUCAAGACGGUCAACGGUAAAGGAUGCUCGGACGCCUACUGCGUGGCCAAGUAUGGACCAAAAUGGGUACGCACGCGUACCGUAUGUGAUAGUUUGGAGCCCAAGUGGAACGAGCAGUACACGUUUAAAGUCUACGAUCCGUGUACGGUGCUGAGCAUUGGCGUUUUUGACAAUUCCGGAUCGGGUUUCGAAAUCGAGGGCUCGAAAGACGCCACGCGUCCUGACUUCCGUAUCGGGAAGCUAAGGGUGCGUAUAUCUACGUUGGCUACGGGUAAAGUGUAUAAGAAUACGUAUCCGCUGCUGGUUUUAUCACCCACUGGCUUGAAGAAAAUGGGUGAGGUGGAGAUCGCGGUACGCUUCGUUCCCGUGAGCCCGACCUUGGAUUUGGUCCAUGUGUACUCGCAGCCAUCGCUGCCGUUGAUGCAUCACAUAAAGCCGCUGGGGCCGGUCCAACAAGAUGUGUUGAGGAGAGCGGCGGUGAAGAUCGUGGCCGCCCACUUGUCGCGAUCUGAACCGCCGCUGGGGCGGGAUGUCGUGCUUUACAUGCUGGACGCGGAUUCACAAGGUUUUAGUAUGAGGAAAGUGCGCGCCAAUUAUUUCCGCAUCAUCAAUGUCGUUGCGGGGGUGAUGGAUGUCGUUGGGUGGAUAAACGACACGCGUUCGUGGAAGAAUCCAAUGGCCACGAUUCUCGUGCACGCUUUGCUGGCGCUGCUUGUGUGGUACCCGGAUCUGAUAGUCCCCACUUUAGCGUUUUAUGUGUUCGUUAUUGGUGCUUGGAACUAUAGGUUCCGCUCCCGGGCUCCACUUCAGCACUUUGACCCGAAGCUCUCAUUGGCGGAGAACGUUGACCGUGACGAGCUGGACGAGGAGUUUGAUUCGGUGCCGAGCACCAGAUCAUUCGAGGUGGUGCGGGCGAGGUACGAUAAGCUGCGGAUGCUCGGUGCACGUGUGCAGACGGUGUUGGGAGAUUUCGCGACUCAAGGGGAGCGGGUGCAGGCUUUGGUGACGUGGCGGGACCCACGUGCGACGGGGAUUUUUGUGUUGUUGUGCUUCGUUGUGGCAAUGAUACUGUACAUGGUGCCAUCGAAGAUGGUGGCUAUGGCGUUUGGGUUCUAUUAUCUGCGCCAUCCGAUCUUUCGUGAUCGGAUGCCGCCGCCGGCUUUGAACUUCAUCCGAAGGCUGCCUUCGCUGUCUGAUCGACUUUUGUAGGCGCGCAUGGAUGUUGGGCUAGCUAAGGUUGAUAAGGUUUUAAAUUUAUGAAGUUUUCUUUCUUUCUAGUUUUUGUUUGUAAUUUUUGGUGUAAGAAAUUGGAAUUAGGCAAGGAAGAGAAGUAAUUAGAAAUAAGCAUAUUAUAAUGGUUGUUAUGGAAUGCAUUUUAAUACAGGUAGAUUUUUCGAAAUUAUUUUAA